AUGCCUACCGAAGCUGCCGAUAUGACGAAGCCUACUAAUAGCACUACACCGUUACCUUUGGAUCAAACCGAAAAGCCGCCGAAAGACGUUGAGCACGAGUCUUCGUCGCAUAAGAAGUCUUCAGAAUCAGAAACGGACAAACAGAUAGAAGACAAGGAAGAAGAUACAGAUCCUGCAUCGAAGAAUCAAGAUAGGCUUCAGAGGUUCAAGGCCCUCCAAGCGAGAGCAAAAACUGCUGUAAAAAGCAACUUGAAAGAGACUGCGGCAGAAGCACACCGUCUAUCUGUCGACCCUAAUGCUUUAUCCUCCAUCUCACGAAAACACGCGUUUGCGUCUCACAGCUUGCUUAAAGCAGAUACAGAAGCCGCCGGUGAGGAUUUCGAGCGGAAACGAGCAUGGGACUGGACGGUUGAAGAAUCAGAAAAGUGGGAUAGGCGAAUGGAUAAGAAACAAAAACACCGAGAAAAUGUCGCGUUCCAGGAUUACCGUCAAGACGCGCACAAGAACUACAAAAGGCAGCUGCGGCGAAUGCAGCCAGACUUGGAAGCCUAUGAGAAUGAGAAGGCAGCAGCAGUCCAGCGCGCAGCAGCAAAUGGUGGACUUGAAAUCGUUGAGGAUGAGAAUGGUGAUAUUGUUGCUAUCGAUAAAAAUGGGACCUUUUACUCUACUGCUGAUUCCACCGAUUUCGUGGAGAAUCGACCAGAAAGAGCAGCUAUUGACAGGCUAGUAGCGGAUAUGCAGAAGGCUGAGGAGACCCGUCUAAGGAAGCGGAGAGAGCGUGGUCAGGGUGAUGAUGAAGCCGACGUCACCUACAUCAACGACAAAAACAAGCGCUUCAACCAGAAAUUGGCAAGAUUUUACAACAAGUACACUGCCGAGAUUCGUGACAGUUUUGAGAGAGGGACAAUGAUAUAA